AUUUUAACGUUGUCAGAAUAGUCAUUAUCGGCGCGGCGGGACCAUAAUCAUCAAAAUUGAUAAUAGCCCCGGGGCUAUUAUCAGUCACGUGACCGAUAAUGACCCUGCGAUUGUCCGCACGUGCAACGUGACGCAAUUUCACGUUGUUGAAGAUGGCUGACGGAGUAGACAUGGGUGAACGUAUGCUCGUAAAUUUAGCCAACAGGCUACUUCAGCUGGAUUCUGCCAUCGAAAAAAAUGAACAUUUCACUGAGGCACAAGCCCGGCAAUUCAUUGAAGCAAAGAAAAACAAGGCUACGGUAACAAAAACAAGGAGUGACAUGAAAAAGGUGAACGAUUGGCUGAAUGAUGACGGCGAGACCCGCCAGAUCAAAGACAUUCCACCAAAGGAGUUAGAUAUUCUUCUAUCCAGAUUCCUGCUCAGUGUCAAGAAGACCAAGCUUUCGGCAGAGGCGAAUGGCCCCGCUGCAACCAACUUCGAGCCAUCUACCCUGCGUGGCAUCUUGUCAAGUGUAAAGAGACACCUGUCCGAGAAUGGUAGGCGUAUUUUUGUUUGUUAUUAUUAUCUAAAACAACUAAAGUUAAUAUAUAAACACCUUAACAGUUAUAUAUUUUAUAGUUGCCUAUAAUUUUAUGCAAAGACUUUGAUUAUUUUAAUCAUAAUCAACUCGUUUUGCAGAGUACGAAGGCGAUGUCAUGGGCGGAAAAGAGUUUAAACUAACACGGGACACGCUAAAAGCGAAAUGCGUGGACUUGAAAGAAAAGGGACUUGGCAACAAAAAACAGAGAGCCGAUCCCUUCACUUCCUCAGAGAUUCAACAACUCUACGAAAAGGAACUCCUUGGAGCCGGUAAGUUUGGCAGUUAAUUGAUUGUUUACAUAUCACUAAGCAACAAAGACAAGGGAGAUAACUAAAGCAUUAAAGAGAACGAUAUAAGCCGGUCCCCGGUAUUCAAAAAAGCCUACCUUUAUAAUAUGUAUUGCGUGGUAAUAAUGAAUAAUGGGUAAUUAUUAUUGUAUGACGAAAUUCAUGGAUUUUAUGUCUGUUAUUUCAUAUUUCUUUAACCUAAUAUAUAUUUUAUAAACAUUCAUUACUAUAUUAAGGUAGAAAAAAGAAAUAUAUAUGCAUUUAGAGUGAGUUUACAGUGCAGUACAUUGUUAAACAGUAGAGAACAUUAUACAACAUAAUAAUCAAGCACAUUUUAACUGUGUAAUUGUUUCAAAUGGUAUAAAUUUCGAAUUAAUUACAGCCUCUCCAAUUUCCCUCACAAAUACCAUUUGGCUUAACAACACCAUGCACCUUGGAUUGCGAGGAAGACAGGAGCACUUGACCAUGUUGUGGGGGGACUUGGAAUUAAGCCUGACCUCCGAUGGUGUGAGUUACUUGGCCUUCACGGAGAGGGCGACAAAAACAAGAAACGGAGUUGCUGGUGACCACAGGCAAUAUGUACCUAAGCUCUUUGAACAGCCAGGAGACCCAAACUGCCCUGUAAGGUUAUAUCAGCUUUACAAGGAAAAGAGACCACCUCAGAUGUCCGCCCCAGAAACAAGGUUUUAUGUAGCCCUGAAUCCAAAUUUUGGAAAGGGAACAGAAAUAAAUGAUCUCUGGUUCAUCAACCAAAACCUGGGAAAAAAUAAAUUGGGACAACUGGCCAAAACCAUGAGUGAGCAGGCUGGAUUUCAGGCUAGGCAUGUUAAUCACUCUGCAAGAAAAACAUGCAUUACAAAUUUGCUGGAUGCCGGUUGUUUCCCCACUGAGGUGGCACAGCUGACUGGUCACAAAAAUCUGAUGUCUCUAAAUCAUUACCAUACAAACAAUAUAGAAAAGCAGCAAGACAUGUCCAAUAUUCUUCACAUGUGUAAGAGAAAAGAACCAGUGACAAAUCCAGAACCAGAACCAGUUACUAGCAUGGAGGAAUUUGAUGAUGAUGACAAUCAGGAACUUGUAGCAGCAUCCCAGGAAAUUGAGCAAGCGCUAUCCUCCAUCCAAACAUAUGAAGAGAUUCCUGUAAGAAAACCAACACAUGAUGAAGCUGAACAAGUUUUAGACCUUCCCAUUAAACAAAGCCCAGGUGGAACACUGACCCUGCAAAAAAUUAUGAAGGACACUCAGUCACUGUUUAAUGGCUGCACCUUUAAUGGGCCUAUCAGCAUUAAUUUGAGAAAUUAGGAACCAUACAGUAUGCAUGCAUAACUGGUACUGCCUCCUUAAGUUGUAGGCACUGGAAUGAGUGAACAAAGUUAUUCUGCAUACAUGUUUUAUUCCAUUCAUCCACUGUUAUUAUUAUAUUGGUUUUAUUUCACAUGUUUUUGGGUUGAAAAAUGUUCUUUUAUCUUCACUUCCUGUGAAAUAAAUGUGUGCUACA